GCAACUACCGGAGCCACACUCCUUCUACUGCAUUCUACACAGCGCCAACCCCGAUAUAUCCAUUCUUCAGUUGUAUUUCCAAUCCUUCGUUUGCACGCUCCGCUAUCCAUACCCUCAAGGACCCCCACAGAAACCGAUUUAUCCAGCUUCGACUCAGUUCCAGCUGAGGACCUGCUGCCACCAUGUCGACCCUCGAAGAGCUCGAUGACCUCGACCGCCGGGAGAAGGAGGAGAAGAGAAGAGGAAACGGCGGCAAGAAGGCCACUGUUACCGAUGAAGACGACGAGAUGAAGGACGCGGAGGAGAAGGACGACAUCCUCGAUGACGAAAUCCUCAGCCUGAGCACACAAGACAUCCAGACCCGGAAGCGAUUACUCGAAAACGACUCUCGAAUCAUGAAGAGCGAGCUUUCGAGGUUAUCACAUGAGAAGGCUGCCAUGGGCGAGAAGAUUAAGGAAAACAUGGAAAAGAUCGCAAACAACAGACAACUCCCUUAUCUCGUUGGAAAUGUUGUUGAGCUGCUAGACCUAGAUCCCACUGCGGAAUCUUCCGAAGAGGGAGCUAACAUUGAUCUCGAUGCUACACGAGUGGGCAAGUCAGCCGUCAUCAAGACCUCCACGAGACAAACCAUCUUCCUACCGCUGAUUGGCCUUGUCGAUUCGGAUAAGCUCAAGCCCGGUGAUUUGAUUGGUGUCAACAAAGACUCAUAUCUCGUUUUGGACACGCUGCCCGCCGAGUAUGACAGCCGAGUUAAGGCCAUGGAGGUCGAUGAGAAGCCAACAGAGCAGUAUACCGAUGUUGGAGGUCUGGACAAGCAGAUUGAAGAGUUGGUCGAGGCUAUUGUGUGGCCCAUGAAGGAGGCGGAGCGAUUCAAGAAGAUUGGUAUCAAAGCACCCAAAGGCGCUCUGAUGUACGGUCCCCCCGGUACCGGAAAGACUCUAAUGGCUAGAGCUUGUGCGGCUCAGACGGAGGCAACGUUCCUCAAGCUUGCCGGACCUCAACUUGUGCAGAUGUUCAUAGGAGAUGGCGCGAAGCUCGUGCGUGACUGCUUCGCCCUGGCGAAGGAAAAGGCCCCCGCAAUCAUCUUCAUCGACGAGCUUGAUGCCGUCGGCACCAAACGAUUCGACAGCGAGAAGAGUGGUGAUCGAGAAGUCCAGCGAACCAUGUUGGAGCUGCUUAACCAGCUCGAUGGUUUUGCAUCCGACGACCGCAUCAAGGUCUUGGCCGCCACCAACCGAGUCGACGUGCUCGACCCUGCGCUGCUACGAUCUGGCCGUCUGGACCGAAAGAUUGAGUUCCCCCUGCCAAACGAGGAGGCCCGAGCACAGAUUCUCAAGAUUCACUCACGCAAGAUGAAGGUUGACCCCGGAGUCAACUGGGGCGAACUGGCUCGAAGCACGGAUGAGUUUGGUGGUGCCAUGUUGAAGGCCGUCUGUGUUGAGGCCGGCAUGAUUGCCCUGCGAUCAGGGAAGAACCAGAUUGGCCACGAGCACUACGUUGACGCUAUUGCCGAGGUGCAGGCCAAGAAGAAGGAUACUGUCAACUUUUACGCAUAAUCUAUUUUUCAUACUUGCGGCAGAGGAUCAUGGGGUGGUAAAGCUGUGCUGUGCUGUACUUGCACACGGAUGCUCUGGGCGGCUGGCGGCUGGCGUCUGACAAGGGCAUGAUAUUGGCAUAGAGGGACAAAAAGUCAAACCCUGGGAGGACGCAUGUAACGAUAUUCCUGGCAGAGGCAAGCCGUUCUCAGUAGAUUAGAGACAGAUGCCUCUUUUGCGAAGCGAAUAGAGUAUUGCGAAACCAAUUGACGAGUGCCAUUCAUGUAUGGGAGUUUUUGUGUUAGAUAUGCAGUAUUCGUGUAGUACCUAAUUAUUGUAAUGAGACAGACACAUAUACUGCUACCCUGGUGUUUCCUUGGGUGGGAUGGUGUUUUUAUC